GGGAGCCCCCCCCCCACGCGACCUCGAGAGACGACGGCGGCGGCGAUGAACUCCCUGGAGCAGGCCGAGGAUUUGAAAGCCUUUGAGAGGCGGCUGACGGAGAUCAUCUCGUGCUUACAGCCGGCGACGGGACGGUGGCGGAUGGUGCUCAUCGUGGUGUCUGUGUGCACCGCCACUGGCGCGUGGAACUGGAUCACGGACCCCGAGACGCAACAGCUUGGUCUCCUGCAUGGUCACAAGCCAGAGUCUGCACUCCAGGUGGCGUUCCUCGUGUCGCUGUGGAACCACUCGUUCUUCACAGUCAGCUGCAUCGUCCUCAUCGGCCUCUUCCUCGCCGGCAUCCACAAGCGCGUCGUGGCACCCUCCAUAAUAGCGGAGCGAUGUAGGACCGUGCUGGCGGAGUACAACAUGUCCUGUGACGACACGGGGAAAUUGAUCCUGAAGCCACGACCGCAGGCGCAGUGAGGAUGGCGAGACGCUGGGAGGGGGGGGGGGGCGAGCGACCUUGCGGGCAUGCCGUCGGCCCCCCGCACUCGGCCCCCCGCACUCGGCAGCUCGGAGAACGUCGCCGUGGCAGCGGCUUCCACCGCUCCGUGUCGCCGGGAGCGGCCCGUUUCUCGACCAUCCGCCAAACCCGCCUGCCAAGCCCCGAGGAAAGCCGGGCAGAGGACUUGCGCUUAGCCGCACCGCUUGGUCGUCGGUGACGUCGAUGACGUCUGUGCCAAAUUCACGACGGGCGAUGAACCCCGUUAGUGCGACGCAGGCAGGAGCUACGUUUUUGCAUCCAAAAAUUAUCGUUAAAAAAAGGAAAAGUGAAUUUAAGAGCCGGCCCUCGCAGUCGCACACCUGGGACUUGAUGAGAGCCGUCCUGUGGAGUGGGGAGCGGGGGGGACUGUGUCGCUACUCGUAGCGCAUCGCGUGGGCAACGCUGUCCCGUCGCGGCGCAGCGUGUGGUGCGAGUGUGGGGGACGGUGGCGAUGCCGGGAGCGGCGCCGCUGCCCUUUGCCGGCACUCGCGCCGCGAGGGUGGGCGCAGGGCCACGCACGGCGUCCGCGUGCGACGUUCCCGUCGCCACCCUUCGCCUCCGCUGCCAUCGCUACAAACACAGCCAUGCUUUUAACAGAUUAUUCCUUAAUCGGUUGCAGUAAUUGUUUUAGUUUGUGUACAUUACGUUUAUUAAAAGCCUUUAAAACUUG